AUGAGGGUGUCCGUACCGGGUCCGGUGGCCGCCGCCGCCCCCGCGGCCGGCCGCGAGUCCUCGACGCCCGGCGAGGGCGGCGGAGGCGAAGGCGCCGUCGCUGCCGCCUCAGGCGCCGCGGUGCCGGGCUCGGUGCAGUUGGCGCUGAGCGUCCUGCACGCCCUGCUCUACGCCGCACUCUUCGCCUUUGCCUACCUGCAGCUGUGGCGGCUGCUCCUGUACCGCGAGCGGCGGCUGAGUUACCAGACCCUCUGCCUCUUCCUCUGUCUCCUGUGGGCAGCGCUCAGGACCACCCUCUUCUCCGCCGCCUUCUCGCUCAGCGGCUCCCUGCCCCUGCUCCGGCCGCCCGCUCACCUGCACUUCUUCCCCCACUGGCUGCUCUACUGCUUCCCCUCCUGUCUCCAGUUCUCCACGCUCUGUCUCCUCAACCUCUACCUGGCGGAGGUUAUAUGUAAAAUCAGAUGUGCCACUGAACUUGACAAACACAAAAUUCUGUUGCAUUUGGGCUUUAUAUUGGCAAGCCUUCUCUUUUUAGUGGUGAACUUGACUUGUGCAAUGCUAGUCCAUGGAGAUAUCCCAGAAAAUCAGUUGAAAUGGACUGUGUUUGUUCGAGCAUUAAUUAAUGAUAGCCUCUUUAUUCUUUGUGCCAUCUCUUUAGUUAGUUACAUAUGCAAAAUUACAAAAAUGUCAUCAGCAAAUGUCUACCUCGAAUCAAAGCUUCUAGCCAGCGGGAAGUCCCAUCCAUGGGGCAGUCAAAACCUGAAGAGAAAUCUGCUAUUUUACUUGCUUGAAGAAUUCAGAAGACAAAAUUCAAGUAACUACCACAGAUGGAAAGGUAUGUCUCUGUGCCAGACUGUUGUCGUAGGCUCUGUAGUCAUUCUUCUCUACUCUUCAAGAGCAUGUUAUAAUUUGGUGGUGAUCACCAUAUCUCAGGAUACAUUAGAAAGUCCAUUUAAUUAUGCCUGGGAUAAUCUUUCAGAUAAGGCUCAUAUAGAAGACAUAAGUGGAGAAGAGUAUAUAGUAUUUGGAAUGGUCCUCUUUCUGUGGGAACAUGUGCCAGCAUGGUCGGUGGUUCUGUUUUUCCGGGCACAAAGAUUAAACCAGAAUUUGGCACCCGCUGGCAUGAUAAAUAGUCAUAGUUAUAGUUCCAGAGCUUACUUUUUCGACAAUCCAAGACGAUAUGAUAGUGAUGAUGACCUGCCAAGACUGGGAAGCUCAAGAGAAGGAAGUUUAUCAAAUUCACAAGGUUUGGGCUGGUAUGGCACCAUGACCGGGUGUGGCGGCAGCAGUUACACAGCCUCUCCCCACCGGAAUGGACCCAUGACAGACACUGCUCCUUUACUCUUUACUUGUAGUAAUUUAGAUUUGAACAAUCACCAUAGCUUAUAUGUAACACCACAAAACUGACAGCAUUGCCACGUGGUGAAUCUGUUGUUUUUCAUGAAUGUGUAUAUUCAAUGCAUUUAAAUUUUAUUUACAUAAACAUUCCAUUAUCUGUGGCAACCGAAAACAACGCCUGGAAAUGUGGCCCUGUGCAGCAGAGGACAUGGCUAUUACUUUUGACCUCUUCGUAGUAAAGUGAAGUAAAAUGGAAAGUUUGGAGUGGGAUAAAAGAGAGAUUAGAGCUUAAGGCACUUGGUGGCCUCCAAACAUCUUGACUUUGGAACACCAAAUGCAUAUUUGCACUUUUAUCUUUAUUCUGAAAGAGUACACCGCAGUCCCCAAAGUCAUACUCCAGUGGUCACAGUAGGAUAUUACAUUGGACACGAAAUUAGGAGGCAAUAUUUCUAUUAAAAUCAAAGCCUGUGUAUUCAGUGGUGUACUCCAUGUGGAAUUCUUACCCAAUAAAAAUUUUGUGUGAACAGUGCACAGAAUUAAGGCAUAAAAAUGUAUCAUUCUUUUAAAAAUCUAUUAAAAACAUGUAAUCAUUGAAUAUAGUUCUUUUAAGCAUGAUUGUAAAAUACCAACUAAAACUAUUCAAUUAUUUUUUUUAAAUGAUAGUAGGAAAUCUUUACAGUGAUGACCAGCAGUGUUCUUUGGAAAGCCACAGUCAUUUCUUCAAGAAGAAAUUAUACCAGUGAAAAUUAUGUGGCUACUUUGAGUAGAAUUGGUCAAGUGAUUAUUUUGUAUGAUUAAGACAUAUGUAGUAGUUUAAGCAUGAUUCUUCCAGAAAGCAAUAGUAGUUUUUGCAUAGAGAGAUUUUUGUAGAAACUUCUUGGGACUAAACAAGUUUACAGAUGCAUUUAAGAAUUAUUCAUAAAAUAUAUAAAUCUAAGUUAAAACAUGAAUACAGUUUCAAAAACAUUUGAUUUAGCUGAAACAAGAUAUAGCUGAUUUUACCUAAAAAUCAGGACUGUCCUCAGGUAAAUUAAAUCAUAAUACAUUAUUGCAGUGAACUCAAGUGCAAUACUUUGUAAGACAAGUCCUUCUUUAGUUUUCACAUUUUUAUAUCUUGUAUAUGGGCAAAGCCAAAUCAAAUUUAAUUCAGAUUAAUUCUAGCACUAGACUAAAUAAGCAAACUGAUGUGAAGUACUAACUAGGUAAGUAUAAAACCAGUGGUUAACAGUAUUGGAAUGCUUUUAGAAUUACAUUCAAACUGUCUUGAAUGUCCUAUCCCAAAUUUAAAAAAUUAUAUAUAUACCACAUAUACAUAUAUGUGGUAGGGUAAGAGAGAAUUUUAAAAUGCACUUUCUACCAGUGUCUAUAUGGAAAGAAGGAGAUGCUGAAUACCUCAAGAUGCUAAGGGAACAGGCAACACUGGGGAGUUGUCACAACAUGCUCAAAGAUGCCUAACUUUAUACAAUUGUCGGCUAAUCUGUUUCUUCAGAACUGGAAUUAAUCCAACUGCCCUUCUGUGUCUUCUACUUUGCUUACAAGUUGUGUUUUAUUUCUACUCUUACUUAAAAUACCUUUCAACUUUUAAAAUAAUUGAUGCAGUAAUUUCACAAAAGUAUAACAGUAGGUUAAACCCCAAGGAAUAAAUAAAACUGUUUUUUUUAUUAGUUUCAGGUGUACAAAGCAAUGUACUAUUUAGACAUUUACACCCCUCAAAAUGCGAUAACCCCCCCCCCAAAUAAAACUUUUAAUGCUGUCAAUCUUUUGGGAAGAUAGUACAGAGCCAAAGAAAUUUUUCUUUUCUUUUUUUUUUAAUUAAAGUUUAGAAAUUUCUUCUAUCAUACAAAAUGACUUUGAAUUCAAUAAGAAAUAUAACCUUAUAGUUACACAUGUUACUUUGGGUUUUGUUUAUAAUUUCUCCUAUUGUAACCAAAUUAUUUAAAAAUGCAUAGUACAGAAGUUAACCUUGUAUUUACAUGACAACAUACAUCUAACUGAGUAUAUUUUUAUUACAACUUCAAUUAUUAGAUUUCAGAAUGCCAACUAUUUAUUUUCCUAAUAGUGUUAGGUAUCUAACUAUCUAGAGCUAUCUGAAGAGAUCUGAGUUGUCUUUGUUAAUCCUUGGGGUUCAAAGUAAAUAAGGUAAUUUUUUUCUAGUAAGGCUUCCCUAAGUAAUGUUCCUAUUUGACCAGAUAAAGAAUAUUUUUAAAAAAAUAUUUCAGGUAAAAUAACUUGGUUCUUUCAGCUGUGCCAUUAGUUGAUUCUUCCAAAUUUGAGAUUUAUAAGUUUACUCUUAUCACUCACUAGGGUACCUGAAUUCUUGCAUUUGUCUCUUUAUACACAUCUCCCACAUCACCAAAGACAAAGAAAGAUAAGCUUCUGGCCCAAUUUUUGCUGAAAAAUUCCAAAGCACUAGGAGCACUUUAGGCUUGGUCUCGAAAGAAGGAGUUGUUUAUAAAAUCAAAGGGCUACCGAUUCCCUGUUCAUCCUGCACUGAAGCACAUGACAACAAUCUCAAACCUUCCUUUUUGGUUCACUGAUUAGAACAGUGCAUUUCAUUGCUUACGUGUGUAAUUCUACAGUGAUUAGCAGUACUUGUUUUUAUCAUUUCAUUUAGGUGGCCAUUAAUUUUGAGAUUCUCACCACUCAUUAUAGCUGGUCGUAGUUUUAUGAAAGGUGUAAUUUAUAGCUAGUGGCUUUUUUAUGCAUAGCUGCCUUUUUUAUUGUUUAACAGUGUUUCUCAGCUAUAUAAUCAGUUUCAAACUGGUGGUAAAAGUAUAGCUGUGGCCAAUGAAUGUAUUUAUUUGUUGUUUCACUAAAUUGUAACAAAACACUACUGUUGAAAAUAAAAGUGUUUGUGCUUUUAUUUGGAGAUCUGGUUUUCUUAAUCCCUC